AUGAUUGAAAAUUCGAAGAAGGAUAGUCCAAAAAGCCCCGCAAAAGCAGUGGGCUAUUGCAAUUACAAACAGCGCCCAGCCCUCAACUUGUACUCAUUCUCCCCACCUACUCCAGAAACAAGCAAACCUUCCACUUAUAGUCCAUCACCAUCGAGCAGAAAUAAUGAAAGCCCAAGAUCUCCAACAAACUUCCCUAAGACGAGCAAAUUAAAUUCGCCAGUUACUCAGCUAAAGAAGACAUUUGCUCCCUCACCUGUUCAAAAUGCCAAAUCACAAACCCCUGAGAGGUCCCAUAACGGCGCGAUCUUAUACAGAAGUCAUGACCAGACCAAUGUACAACCAGUAAGCAAACAAAGCGAAACUUACAACCAGGGCAACCGAAACAACGCAUUUUCACCUACGCCCUCAUUUAGUCCAUCCAUGCAACCAAAAUUCGUAUUGGAAGCUAAACCUUCAAGCCCCUCUGUGCUUCAUGGAAAAUUGGAACCCUGCAGUAAUUACGAAAAACCAGAAUCCAGACGUCUCUAUAAAGGAUCGCCAAUAGUAGAUAAUUCAGUGCAAGAAACGGAGCUAGAAAACCACUUCAAGAAAUUAUGGGAAAAGAGCGAAGAUCAAAAGUCGUGGGUUACUAGUACUGUGAGGCUUGGAUUCCCACCAAAAAGCGCCGAUGAAAAAGAGAUUGCUAUGCAGAAGAUACAUCACGAGAUGGAAAUAUCAAAAAGAAGAGAAAAGGAACUUAAAAAAAUGAGGAGUGCUUUAGCAACGCAAGACAACACUGCAGCGAAAGCCAGUGAACAAACUUUCAAAUCUUUAGAAAAGAAACACGUCGAAGUAGUAACCCCUACAUCUCUAGAAAAAUUAAAGAAAUUCCAGAAUCCAACAAGUAGCGACAAAAAUGGAAAAUUCGACAGUAGAACAAAAACAGAAAAAACUGCUGCUGAGAAAUCACCGUAUUUAACACGUCCUUGUUAUCUGAACUUGCAAAGAAAAACAGUGGAUGAAAAAAAAACCCCAGAAACAGUAACUUAUGUUUACACAUCCAAAUCCACUCCGUCAAAAACUACAACAAGAACGAUUCCAGAAAAUAAUAAAUCUCAUCUUCCUACGACGCCAAAGGUAGUUCACAAAUUAAGCACCAAAAACUCAAGCGGCUCAGUAACUCCUGAAAAUGACUACUCAUAUUUCAUGAGGCGAACUGAUGAAUAUGUAAACAAGCCUGUCAAAGAGAAGAUUGAUGCAAGUAAAAAGAACAUAACACUGGUUAAUGUCAACGGAAACCAAAAUACCCCGCAACGUAAAUACAUUACUCAAACUGUGAUCAAAGACUAUACUUCACCCCUGACAUCAGAAAACUCCAAAAGCUUAAGGCCGACAGAAACACUGUACAAGUCUACAGCUAAGAUAAAUACUGUUCGCGUUGCUCCAUCAACGCCGACGAAGGCAGCUCCCGUUGUUUUCCAACACACACCUGUAAGACAACAAUCUCAACUCACCCCUUCAAAACCAACACCGACAUCUGUUUUCAAGAUUACAAAUGCGGUCAAUUCUCACAAUGAUAAUAAUUCAAAUAGAAACGGCGCCCUUCAGAUUAAUGGAGAUAUCAAGCAGCAAGGGUUACUAAUAAAUCCCAGUCAAAAGUCAAACGAAACUAAAGAUGGACCUCGUACAAAAACAACUGAAAAACCAGGAACAUCGAAUGAGGUCCAACUACCAGAACAAACGCUUCAGAGUCCUAAAAAUAUACCACCACCGCCACCUGGACCUGCUCCCCCUAUUUCCUCCUUAGCUCUUCCAGGUACUAGCUGUAAUAUUCCUCCACCCCCACCAGGGCCGCCACCAAAUCUAAGCCUCUUACACUUAUCAAAUACCUCCUCACCAUCCCAAAAAAAGAACAGCGAAGAAGAUGAAGAAGCACGCAAGAAAAGAAUUUGUAAAAAUCUUUCACCUUUGACACCGUAUGACCCCUCAAAACUGAUAGAAGAAAUGAAAAGAGUACAGCUACGACCUGCUGAACCGGUAUAA